AUGUCGAAUUUGAAACUGGAACUCGACGAGUAUCUUAACAAAGGCCAAAAAAGUAAAUCUCAUAAUGGACAUCACGUACACAUUCCAAAAGUGUUUAAGAAACUGCUCAACAGUGAAUCGGGCGAACAAACGGAAAACCUGUUGGAUUCAACACAGAAGACUUAUUUUAAUUUUCCCCAGAUGAGUAAAACCCAAAGAAUAUUGGGAUUUGUAGUUUGCGUGUCAAUAAGUUGUCUGAUGUUCUCUCUGUCAGCAUUAUACUUGCCUGUACUACUAAUAAAAGCUAGGAAGUUUGCAAUUUUAUAUGCUUCUGGAAGCAUAUUCGCUUUUGCCAGUGUAUCAUUUUUGACGGGUCCAUUGAAUCACUACAAGUAUGUUACGUCUAAAGAAAAGCUUCCGUUCAUGUUUGGCUAUAUUACUACUCUUUUGAGUACUUUGUAUUUUUCAUUGUGGAUGAAGAGUACUCCAUUUACAUUACUAUCAUUGACUGUUCAUCUGAUACUUAUUUUUUGGUUUUUAUUAAACUCUAUACCAUUUGGUCAAAAAGGUUUAUCAUUUUUUGGACGUAUAUGUUCAUCCAUAGUAAAAAAUAAAGUGUCAAAUUCAUUACCUGUUUAA